UUAGAUGCUAUGUAUCUUGUUGACUUCCCAAACAGUCAAGAUCGUCUUGAUACACCAUCUACCCCUUUCUCAGAAACGUAUGAUGUAGUUAGUCCAAUAGGUGCCCCUUCAGAAUUCUACCCAAACUUGUCAGAGAUUUCUGGCAGUAACGAUUAUGAUGACUUUACAGUACAAGGUGCAUCUAUCAAGGAUGCCUCUGAGGUUGGUGAUGAUGAGGACUAUGAGGAUUGUUAUGAUGAAGAUGAGGAUCAAGAUAGUGAGGAUGAUUACUGGAGGUUGUGCCCUAAUGAACAAGUUAACCAAUAUGGAAUGAGUACUAUCCAAAGGACUAGCAUGGGUCUCUUGGAACAAAUCUCCAGAUUGCAGGAGGAGCUUGGCAUGAGUACCAUUGAAAAUGAAGAAACUGAAACCACAGAGGAAGAAGUAGAGGAACAAAUAGACUUAAUGAAAGGUAAAUUUCCUAUUGCUCCAGGAAUCGAAGAUGUUGAGGUAUUUCUUCCUGAUAUUGAUGCCAUGAUGCAAAAUCAUAUAGAUGAUGAUGAUGAAUUAGAAAUGCCACAAUCUGUUGCAGAUGCUUCUGAUGUAGCAGAUCUUGAGGAUAUUGCAAUCAAACUGCGCCAUGCCUCACUUGGGGAAGAGGAUAGGGAUCUAGACUAUAUGACGAUAGAGGAAUUUCAAAUGAUAUCGGGAGGUUUGACCUCCAAGUCUUCCAUUGAAUCAAAAACAUCUUUGCCACCACCUGAAGUUCUUUUACCAAGUGUUCCUACAUCACCUGGUCUUCUGAGGAAUUCAUUGUGUCAGAGUAGUGAUAAUGAUAGUUGGGAUAAUGAUGCUGAAGAUAGUGAUGACAAUAUCAGAGAAGAUGGUGAAGUCAAUGGUCACUCGUUCUAUAUUCAUGGAAUGACAAAUGGUAGUGGUUUUGAUGGUAGCUUUGAAAGAACUCUUCCUGGUCCUUUCAUUGGAGAGGUAGCUUUUAAUUCUCUUCAAAGUGAUGCUAAUACUGUUCAAGGAAAUUCAGGGUCAAAUGUUAUUGGUGGAAAAACAGUUGCUAUGAUGUCUGAGGAUUCUGUUCCAUUUAUAAUGCCAAAUGAUUUGUUUGGUUAUAGCCAUAAUCAUGGAGAUGUAAUCACAGAGAGUGAUAUCGCUGAAGGAAAAACUGUAUCAAAGGAGAAGCGAAAUGGUGAGACAAAAGUUAACAAUGUAGAUUGUGAUAAUGUAAUGACUAAAAAUAAUUGUGAUUCAAUCAAAACUAAUGGACAGGAGCUUGAUAAUGUCGAACAGCCACGUUCAAUUUCUGAAAAGAUAAACUGUCUCAAUGCUGCAUUAGCACAAGAUUGGGGGAUGAAGACAAAUUCCAAAAAGAGGUCUUUAAUUAAGACAUUCCGGAAAUCACUGCAGAGGAAAAAUCUGACUGAUUCUGAUAAAACUGAUAGUAAUUGUAAUAGCAAUAGUGGGGAGAGUGUGGUAGCGGACAGUGUGUUAACAAUAUUUGAGGCUCUGAAAACAUUUGAAGAAAGGUCACAUCAAGUACAGAAGAAAAAAACACAACUAAAGAGAAAACUGUCAUCAGUAGAGACACAUCUUGAUAGGGCAAGUAAUGUUAUCAAAUCAGGAGAUGUGACAUCAGCAUCCCACUCCUGCCACCUAAGUACUAGCAUUGAUAGCAAGUCAGAAUCAGAAACAGUCACUAGCAAACCAGUAGACAAUCUUACUAAAACUCAAAAACAUUUUCCAACAGGUAUUGCAAAUGAUGUAACCCAACCUCUCCUGCCACCAGAGCAGCUAUCUCUGAACCAGGAAAAUGGAAUGGGACACCUAGUAAGGUCAAAGGUCAAUGGGGUAUGUGAUCAAGAGGAAGGCGAGCUAAAUGGGGUCGAUGGCUUAGAUCAAGCGCCAUCUUCUCCUAUGGAUGAGGAUGAAACGGAUCAACAUGAGCAGUGCUAUUAUGCAGCUGUGAACAGAAGUUCUGAAGAUGAGGUUAAUGAUGUUAACACCGAUGCAAUCCAGGAUCGGGAAUACGCUGAACCAACUUUUCGAGGGGAUCCAAAUCAUGGGUAUGCAGAACCACAAACACAUUGCCCGGUUGUCAAGGAAGAAUCCAUUUAUAACCCAGCAACGGACUGUGUGGUGGAUUCACAUUGUGCGAUAGUAGAUGAGGAAGAAAAAACAAAGCCUAUUAUCACUGUUGACACAAUACCCAAUAAAACUGAGGUGGUAGAUAAAUCUGGUUUAGCAGAUACAAGCAGUAGUUCAUCACAGAAUAGAAAGAGCGAUAAUAUCUAUGAGAUCAUUACACCAAUGGAGAUUAAACCUGAAUAUGCAGAGAUCAAGAAGGAAGUGCCAUUAGAUGUAUGUGAGAAUGAUACCAAAAUAUGUCAAUCUGUUACCAAAGAAGAAAUACCUUUAGAUUCUCCCGACUUGAUAAAAACUCUUCCAGAUGUGCCUUUGAAAUCCAAACCACUUGUGUUUCAGAAAAGGGAGGAAAAGAUGGAGCAAAAGAAGGUUGAGGUAGCGAAGAAGAAUGAGGUGGAAGUUGUUCGUAACCUUUUGCCAAGUGAGAUCAAGAAACAGCAGGUAGGACCAAAGGGAUUGAAGGUUAACAGAUCAAACUUGAACAAACCAAACACUGUAAGUCCUCCCAAACCCGCCCAGACUCCCCCUCAGAACUCAGUGACUUCAUCAAAUAUUGAGGUAGUGCACCGCCCACCUGGGUCCCGUCGUGCCAGGAUAAUCAAUAGCUAUCUAGAACUAGAGAGGAUUAAGAGAGAAGGAGUUAAUCAAUCAGAUGGGAAACCAAUCCAGAUCAGUGCUCCGAACAUGGCAUUGAUGUCAAAGAUGAAGGGUGCUGGUGGUGGUCUUAGAGGAUCAGAUGAGAUGCUGGAAGAUAUGAUCAAUCUUCAGCUGAUGCAAGCUAUGGGUGUUAAUCCUCACACCAUCGCAACUCCUCCCGUAGAUAAAACUUCCAAAUCUACACCCCCACAGCGCCCCUCUCAUCUUCCCAUCCCAACUCCCAUUAAGACAACCAAACCUCUUUCUAAACAACCUGCCUCCAGACAUCAAACCUUAGGACCAUCCCAUGGUAUCGCUAAGAUGCUCAAUCGCUUCGGGGAGAGCUCUGCACCCACUCCCAAGCCAGGUUUUCAAGGAUUUCAUAGCAGUGGGAAGACAGGUGCUACUCCAGUUUCCAAAGGACUGAAGAAACCCCCUGCUUUUAAUAUUGAUAUAAAAGAUGGAGAAUUGGAAGUCAAUAUAAAGGAUGAUAACCGCCAGUUAUUGAUGAAUAAGUUGGGAGUCCAUUCCAGAGGGAAAGGUUUAUCGCUACCAAGGACCAGUAACAACUCACCCAGCUACAACAACAAUAGCAGCAAUACUAACAGCAACAAUAGCAGAGGACUGGCAACAACUCAAGGAUUUGAAUCAAGUAUCAAACCAGAUGGUGCUAUCAUUCUCAAGAACCAUGGUGUCAGAGAGGAAGAGGAGGAGAGCUCAGGGAAGCCGGCAAAUGUCCGUAGGACCAAUGCAGAAACAAAAGAAACUCCACUGGUGGUGGCGGAUGAUUCAAGAAGAGCAAAGAAAGAAGAGAAAGGAAAACCUGUGACAGGAGAGACGAGUGAUGAGAGACCAUCAUCAGAAUCAUCUUCAUCUCCUCAAACAUCACUAGCAUCAUUUAAGGAAUGCUCAGGGAAGGAUGAGGACAGGGUAGCAUCAACAUCUGAGGAGAGAGUCAGCGUUUCCAAUGGCAACCAAUAUGGAGGAGAUGUAAGUGAGGAGCAUGAGAUUGUAGAAGCAUUAUCAGUGCCUGUUUCUCCAUCCAAUUUACCAUCAUCAUCAUCAUCUUCUCCUUCUUCUCCAUCAUCAUCUGCUUCACCAUCAUCAUCAUCACCACCCUCAUCACCACCACCACCACCACAACCAUCUUCCAUAAAUGCAUCACCAUUAUCAUCCCAGUCAUUCAAUCUCCCGGAGCCAAGGGAUGAUAGAGACUCAGUAGAGAAGGAAUCUGUAAAACCACAGGAGAGUAAUUCUAGUGAUACUGAAAUUGACUCUGAAAAAGUUAGAUGUGAGAUUCCAAAUCAAGAUGAAUGUGGUCCUGAAUCCAUUCCAGGACCGGUCUUAGAGAAUAUUGAGAUGGAUGCAGAUGAUGAAGCAUCUAAAUGUGACAACAUCCAAACCACUAAACAGGCUAAGCCUAUCCCAGCAGUAAGGAAAACCAAACCAGAAACUAAACCAUCCCAGACAUCAUCAUCGCCAUCAUCAUCAUCAGCAUCAUCUUCGUCAUCAGGGGCAUCAUCGUCAGGGUCAUCCUCAGAGCUUGAUGAGGUCACAGGUCAACCUAAGGAGAAGAGAAAACAUAUAGGACUUAAAGAAGCGAUGAGGAGAAGAGCACAACUGAAGGCCACUGAACUUGCCAAACAGUCAACCAAAGAAGUGAAGAAAGUAGAGUCUGAGGAAACCUGUACCCAAGAGGAACCACCAUCUGUGAGCAAGGCUGUCAACAAUGCUACCAAGGAUGAAACGGAAAAGAUUGAUAGAACAAUUGAUGGAGAUACCAAGAACAGUGAUGACAGCUUGGUGUCAAAGACUACUGAAAACCUUGCAGUAGAAUCCACACUGGAGGUGAAGGAUGUAGGAGAUGUGAAAGCCUCAAGGAAACAGGAUGAUGGUAGUGCUACCAAGGAGGAGCAGAAGGAGGGGGAUGAGGAAACAUCUUCAUCCCAGAGUCCGGUGUCUUCAUUAUCAUUAUCAUAUACUGAAAGUGAAAAGGUGGAAGCCCCAAGUGAAGACAAGUCAGUAUCAAAUGAUGCUGACAGUAUCAGCAAGGUCAAAGACACUACAGGAACAGUAUCUCCCAAGAUCUCUAUGACUUUACAUUCCCCUGUAACAUCCACCACCACAUUCCCUAUCUCAAAUUCCACAUCACCAUCAACAUCAACCUCAGAAAAUAUAUCUUCCGUCAUCGAGGUCACUCCGAAGAUGAGUGAGAGGGUUCAGUCAACAAGUCAAAGUUUAAGUACCUCCUCAGGUAGUCAAUCACAAAAAGUCAAUAGUUCAGCUUCUGAGGACUCUCAUGAUGGUGCAGUACUUUCUGUAGAUAAAACAAACUCUAGUGAACAUACACCUAUUAGAAGUUCACCAGACACUUCUACUACUCCUAGCAUUCCAAAGAACUUUGGUCAUCCGUUCAGGUUUCAUAAGACUCGCGAUGACAACGCUAUCCCAACACCAAAGAAAACCACAACAUCGGUCAAAAGAAGUGAGAGUGCAGUAUCAUCCUUGCAGGCAAAGAGGAAUAAAUUCCUGAACAACAGACCAAGACCUGAUGAUGACACUAGCCCUACAAGCUCCACACCAGCGAGAUCGUUUAAGAAUGUUGUCUCAGGAAGCAAAUUUGCUGCUCUCAGAGAAAAGUUCAGUGCAUCAAAUGGCAACAGCAAUAAUAAUGCAGGCCAGGGAAAACAUGGUGGCCAUUCUCCUUCUCCUUCAACAACUCCAAAAUCGCUAUGGCAACAGAAAUCUCCAUCUUCCUCUUCUCGUUUUGGUGGCAGCAUCAGUGAAGAAUCAUCUCCAAAUACUUCUGAACAAAAGAAAUCAAUAUACGGGACCCCACCCUCAUCUCCCCCUACCCCUCUGCCUUAUAUGACCCCCCCUGAAAGCCCCCUGGAUUUUAAAGGCAAGACCUCCACCCCUCUGGCUUCAAGCACCCCCACUGGAGCAGCAGAGUUGAAGAGUCCAACUGCAGCUGAGCUUAAGAGACAGUUCUUGUUUGGGAGAGACGAUUCUCAACAAGGGGAUGUUUUUGUCGAUGAGAAGGGAGCCAAGGAUGAGGUAAGUGACAUAACAUUCUUAAAUCCAUCAAUUUUUAAAAUAAAUAACAUGAUGAGAGAGAAAAAAAAAGAAGAUGAUUAAGAGAAAUAGGGAGAAGGAGGGAGGGGUAUAAGUUAGAGAAAUAAAAAUAAAAAUGUACAGAGAGGAACAAAGGUGGGUAUGGGUCACAGGAAAGAGAGAAAGAGAAAGAAAAUAAGAUUUUAAGAACAAGUUUUGGAAAAUUGUAUUGUUUUUCAUUUUUAAAUCAUGUCUGUUUUCCCCACAUGAAUAUUUCAACUGUAUAUGCUUUAAUUCAUUGUGGCCCAUUUUGUUUUAAAUCAAUUGUAAAGGUUUAAAGCAGGUUCCCCUUUUCUAUGGUAUAGAAAAGAGAAACAUCACUUAAAUCAGAAAGCAUACAUAUUUCUUAGAACUUCUUAAAAAAAAGUAAAUUAAAGGCAAAAAAUGUGAAUUACAUACUGUAAAUAUAAAAAAAACACACAAAAAAACACACCCCUGUUGUUUGUAUGUAUUCCUAUGUGUCAAACAAAUAUGAUUUCAAUAACAUUUCCAUUAAUCAUUUAUUUGGAAAACCUGAAGAAUACAAAGUUUGAUACUUGAUGAAAUGAAAGGUGUUGGAGUAAUGAAAUGUUAGUUUUUGUGGGUUUUUUUGUUUGUUUUUUGUUACUGUUAUUAGGGAUGUGUUUAUGCCUAUAGCUUUUUUUUAAUGUUGACAUGUUCAGUAAUUUAUAUAUAUAGAUAAGUUUAAUCCUUCAAUGAAUGUGAACAUUAAUGUUCCUCUGUUAAAGAAUGAAAGAAAGCAAUUGAAAUUCAUGUUUUUUCAAAGAGGAAAAAAGUGAUUGUGAUUGAUUUACACAAAUGAUUUUCCAGCCUUGUAUUUUCAAUGUAUGUAUUUUUCUGCUUUUCUGAAUAAUUCAGAGACAUUGUGUGCCAUUUUACAUACCAUGCAUGUAUAUUUCAUGCAUCAUUUUCAAAAGGAUGCAAGUUAAAAAUGAAAAAAAAAUGAAGUUAUUGAUAUUUUCAUAAUUUAACUCAAGGGAAGUGAUGGUUCAAUUUAUUUCAAUUUGAUUUUAUUCCAUUCAAUAUAGAAAUAGUGAAAUCAGCAUAUAUAAAUAUGAUAAUAAAAAUACAAUGUUACAAUGAUAUAGAUAAAAUACAUGAUUAAUAAUUGAAAUUGGAUGCUGUAUAAAACCCAAGAGGGUUUGUCUAGACCGCCACCAUGAGACAAAUCAUGUCAUAUCAACAUCAUUGUAAAAAUGACAGAUAUUGCUAUUUAAAAUCAAUGUGUGACUUGUUUCCUUUUUGCAUUGUAGAGGAGAAAUGUUGUGUAGCUAUUGAUGUCUCAUUAAUCCUGACAGUAAUCUCUGUUUGAUCAAUUGACUGAAUAUAUUAGUAUUAAUUGACAUGCUCUACAAGAGCUAAAUAUAAAUAUGGCUUCUAACUACAGUCUCUUAAAAGGAAGUGAGGUUUCAUACAGAUCUAAAACUAAACUUAGUUCAACUUCAAGAAAAUUAAUUUAUUCACUUACCUUAAUAGACUCCUCCAUGUCAAAAAUGAGUUUUAUUGUUGAAUGAAAUGAAUGACAUUCUCUUUUCAUUUGCUACUACUAAUUUUCCAAAUUUGAGGUAAAAUCAUUUUCAGGUUAUCAAAUCUUAUACUAUACAUUUUCAUUUCUGGAAUGAUUUGCAUUUUUUUUUAAUGAUGACUCUAUAAUACUUUGAUACCUUUCUUCAAAUCGUUUUGAAAUUUUAGUGAAUCUAUCUGUUUUUAAUAGUUUAUAUGAAUGAGAGUAAAAAGUGUCUAAAGUUUCAAAUAUUUUGCAUAUUUUUGUUGAAGUUAUUGUUUUAUUCAAGUGAAAGCUUUCUGAAAGGCCUUUCUUAAUUGUUUUUGAAAAAUCAAUAUAUACAUUUUGUUAAUCUGUCCACACCAGGUGAGGUAGUUUUUUUUUGUUCUUUUUUAAUGAUUUGUUUCCAGAAAUUGGCCUUAAUUACCCCAUAAUUUUCACUAUGAGCAACCCUUACCCCAUCACCUCUAGCAUUUGCACCAGCUCUAUCCAUUGAAUGGUUCUCAUCUCAUAAGAUCUGUUCUGAUUAUACUCAAGCAGCCCCUUAAUCCUUUAACCUCUAAACAUGUUAAUUGUGAGCAGAUUGGGGCAUCGAAACCUAUAUUUCUGAUGAUAUUUUAUGAGUAGCAUACUUUAUCCAUAUGGUGUGUAGUAAGACAUGGUCUAUCCCUUGAAUGCAUAGACUGGGCCCAGCAGUAGGGUGAAGGCCUGGCUCAGUACACUGCUAGCUGACAUGCCAUUCUCCAUAUUAGGGUAUCCUCUAUCUACCAGGUCUACCAGUAGAUGCGGUCCAGUGCCGUGUGAAGAAGAGUUGAUGAUGGUAGGCAGAGUGAGAUAGACUGAUUGACUGUCUGUGUGAACAGACGGAGUGAGCCGAUACCUAGCUGGGUUUAGAGGAGGAGAUAGAUUUAGGUUAUAGAUGAAGGUGGAAGAGGAGGAGGAGGAGGAGGUUAUGUAUAAACAAGAAGGAGAAGAGGAGGAGGAGGUAGAUUUAAUAGAAGAGGAGGAAGAGGUAGAUUUAAUAGAAGAAGAGGAGGAGGAGGAGGAGGAGGAGGACUGAUGGAUUAAGAGGUGACAGGUAAAUAAAGGAUCCAGAUUGAUAGACAGGACAUACAUUUUAUCAAAUAUAGUAAGAAAAUAGGGAAUUAAAAAGAUGUAAAUAUAUUUUGAUUUGAUAGAU